CCGCAGCGUCGAAAGAGCUCCAGGAGAAGCUGGUAGUCGAGGACGCGAAAGCCGCGGAGAAGGCCGCGAAGCCGCCCCGGAAGAAGAAGCCGAAGACGAGCAAGGACGCCGGGGAGGUGAAGUCGAAUGCGAGAUCGGCGUCCAAGAAGCAGUCCUCUCGCCGGUCCAUACUGUCUAGUGAGACGGUUCACGGUAGCGAUGAUGCCUCCGACCCUGAAACCAUGUCUCCGGAAACCAUCGCGGGUGCUAAGCGCAGUGCGGGUAUAGGUCGGGGAGGUGGUGGAGGCGAGGCGUCUCGCAGUGCUUCUGCUUCGACUCGUGCUCGCGAGUCCCCAGCCGGGCGCCGCGGUAAUGCAGGCCUUCUGAAUGCGCCAGGACCGCGGCCUUUGACGAGGGCGAAGAAGCAGCAAGAGCAGCAGGAGCAGCAGGAGCGGGAGGCGCAGCAGGAGCGAGAGGCGCAGCAGGAGAGGCGUGAGGAGGCUACGGAAGAGACUUUGGGGUUAGAGAUGAACUUCGCUCUAAUUUCCGGGCCUAAAUAGUCAUAGAAAAAGAUAAUUGAAGAAAAGUUAAAC